GCGCUCCACCGUAUCACUGACGUCAGUUUCGACACGUGAACUUCCUUUAGGCUUCACCGUGUGUCAACAAAGCGGCUCGCGCCGCGGUUCUGCUUCGGUACCGGUACAGAAAGCCCCCUCCUGUUCUUCUCAGAUCCUAAACCCGGGUGUAAGAUGACUUUUCGCGGCUUCCUUUCCGCGGCGCUCGUGUCCGUCUGCUGGGUUUUCGUGUCUGCGACGCCAACUCCUCUCAACAUCUCCGCGCCGCUCGAACCCACCGCGUCGACGUCCAGCACGGGGAACUCCACUCGAAGCAGUGGCGCCAAGCCCCCUAGAGAAAUCUUUAAAGGCUCCGGCGUGGACAGCCCCAUGAUCCAGAGGGCCCUGUACGUCCUCAUCGGCUUCACCAUGAUCGGAGUGCUGUACUUCCUGAUCAGGGCUGUACGGUUGAAAAAGCCCGUCCAGAAGAAGAAGUAUGGUCUGCUGUCCAACUAUGAAGACUCUGUGGAGAUGGAGGCGGUGGAGAGCGACGAAGAUGACACGCUUUAUGAAGCUCGCAGCCUUAGAAGAUGAGCCUCGCUGUGCGUCGAAGCGGCGUCGAUAAAGGACCAGCAGCUUUCCACAAGAAGAACGACCAAAACACCCCCCCCCCCCCCCAACUCCAACCCUGAAGAGGAAAGCCAAUCGGAGGAGCUGCAGCAGCAUCGGGGAGUGCUUUUUAAAAAGCAGCAGAUGACACAUCCUGUGCCAAAUAAUUUUCUUUUCUUCGAUAUUGUUAUUCAUGGUGUUGUUGUUUUCUGUUCCCGCCGUGCUUUGAGCUACUGUAACGUGACUGCAGAGCAACUGUAGUCCAUCCAAAACACUGACAGAUCCUGAUGAACUCUGAGCUGCAGAAAGUGUUUGGAAACCUGUGAGGUUUAGAUUCCUACUUAUUCCUGCUGUUUUUUUGUUUUUUGUUUUUUUUUUUAUGUUUCAUAGUUGAUUGUGAAGAAUUAUUUGACUGAUGGGAUCAAAUGAUGAUGAUGGAGGUCAGAUGCUGCCCCCACACCUCUGCAAGGCAGACCACUGAAAAUGACAUCUUCUGGUUUUCAAUAAAGUCCAAAUAUGUUUGUUGAUUUCUCACAUGAGUCCAGGAUUUAUUAGGUCAGAAAGGUGUGCAAAGAUUUCUCAGAAAAGUGAAAAAUAUCAAAAUAAAAUGAUUCAAAGGCAGUUAUAGAAGAGAGUUUAAUUAAAAAGUUUCGCAUUAAGAAAUGUACUAUAUGUGGCAAAGAAUGUUCAUGUGAACUUAAAAAAAGAAAAAAAAGUUUGUCAAAACCAAGGCUUGGUAAGAUGUGUGGAAAUACAGGAAGAUCGGAAAUAACACAAUAAAAAUAAAUAUUGUUGGGAAAUUUUGAUGUAAAUAAGGAAUUUCGAUGUAACUGAGUAGUAAAAUAGGAGACAUUUUUGAAUUGUUUUUAUUUUUGAAAGUAAAUUUGCCAGUAAAUUGCUAAAAAAAAAACGUAUUUUGAAAAACCCUUUUCAAGGAUGACAUAUUCUCUCACAGGACACUGUAAUCUUUUUUUUGACUUUACCAGAUACAUUUAAGCAAGAUUUUGCUUUACUAUCCCAUAAUGCAAACGUUCUGUUUACAAAGUGAUUAAAAAAUGGCAGCUUCCAAUGUAUUAAAAAAAGAAAUUGUUUGAAACAAUUUAACUUUAAUAGAAACAAGUUAAA